UCAGGUGCUGACCGCUUCGUUAACGUUAUUGAGGACAUGACAGGGUCCAGACCUUCAGUUUUCUUCAAACAUUGUUGGAAAUACGUAAUUCCUCUGCUGUCUCUGAUGUCCAUCAUCUUGUACCUGGUUGAUUACCAACACCUGAAGGUGAACAACGUGUACGUUUACCCUGACUGGGCGUACGCUCUGGGGCUGACCAUGACUCUGUCCUCUGUUCUGAUGGUCCCGCUCUGGGCAGCUGGACAGAUGUUUAAGACCCCAGGAACUUUCAGACAGGUUGGAGCCCAAUGA